AUGCUGAAGCUGUUGACUGUGUUUUUGCAGAAAGCUGCGGGUGUGCCUCCUAGUGCUGCAACAAGUAGAGUUCUCUAUGUGCUGGGCCCGUCACUAGUAAACGAGUCGGAGUCGGAUUUAUUUCUUAACGAACAGUCUCCCAUGCAAACGAAGUACAUCCAAACGGACUACAUUACCAAAGUUUCAGAGAAAAUCGCAACCACACCAAGCGCUCAGAGAAGAGGGAUCCGAGGCAGCCUCAAUACUCCCGAAGAGUGCAUCUACGAG